AUUGACAAAGGAAGCAAACGAGAUUCGCGCGACACCGUAUUGAGGAAGGUAUGUCACUGGUAGACUACGACGAUUCUUCAUCCGACGACGAUAUCUUACCUGCGGCGGCGGAGCACAAGGAACCUCUGCCACAACAAAAACCCUCUCAGCCGAAAUCACGGAGGUCUUUGAAGGAGAAGGAAGUAAGUGAGGAACUUCCUCAGCUACCAGAUGCUUUGCUUCUUCUGGAGUCACCAACGCUUACACAUGUGAGUGGCGGUGGUGGUGGUGGUGACCAUGCUUCCGUUGUUGCAGCUGCAAUGCGGAAACGUGACUUCAAUGGGAAAUCUUCUUCUUCUCUUCCUCGUCGUUCCAAGGUGCCAAGAGGUGAUUUGCCUCAUUCCAAGAAUAUUCCACAGACUUUGGGUAAUGUGCUUGUUCCUCCUCAGCUCAAAGGAAGGAGCAAUGUUGCCACAGAAGAUAUUAGCAGGCUUUUUGUGAAGAAACGGCCAGAUUCCUCCAAGGCAACAUCUCCUGCUAAUCAGGAUUAGUUUUGUUGAGGGGGAAAUAAAAAACAGAGCAUGUAACUUUACGUUAUUUCGUUUAUUUAGAACAUGAUUUCUAUUGUCUUUCUUAUACUUAGAAUGAUGACUUAUAUGUGAAAUUUACAUUAUACUUGAUUUAGCUUAAUAAACAAAAUAGUAAAACGCA